CUACCUACCAGAGACGCGCUGGUGGCGGCGAGGACCGAGACGGGGGCGAGGCCAUGUCGGACCUGGGCUCGGAGGAGUUGGAGGAAGAGGGAGAGAACGAUCUUGGGGAGUACGACGGGGAACGGAAUGAGGCAGGUGAACGGCACGGACACGGGAAAGCAAGGCUGCCCAACGGGGACACGUAUGAAGGGAGCUACCAACACGGUAAAAGGCACGGCCAGGGGAUCUACAAAUUUAAAAGCGGCGCUCGAUACAUAGGAGAAUACGUUAAAAACAGAAAGCAUGGCCAUGGCACUUUCAUAUACCCAGAUGGAUCAAGAUAUGAAGGGGAGUGGGCGGAUGACCGAAGACACGGUUACGGCGUCUACUGCUACGUCAAUAACGACACCUACACCGGAGAGUGGUUUGCUCACCAAAGGCACGGGCAAGGCACCUACUUCUACGCCGAGACGGGCAGUAGGUAUGUAGGCACCUGGGUGAACGGACAGCAGGAGGGCAUGGCCGAGCUCAUUCACCUGAACCACAGGUACCAGGGCAAGUUCUUGAACAAAAACCCCGUCGGCCCUGGAAAGUACGUGUUCGACAUUGGAUGUGAGCAGCAUGGGGAGUACCGUCUGACGGAUGUGGAAAGAGGAGAAGAGGAAGAGGAGGAGGAGGUGACCCUGAUGACCGUUGUUCCCAAAUGGAAAGCCACCAGCAUCACAGAACUGGCUCUGUGGACACCGACCCUCCCUGAGGAGCAGCCACCUGCGGACGGGACCAUCCAGGAAGAGGCUCCGGGACCCGAGGGUGGCAGGGAGCCUGCGGAGGACGACCAGGCUCUGGCGGACCUUUCCGAGGGGGAGGCUGACCUCACGAGGCCUGGGGAGGACGACGAAGACGCCACCAGGGAGGAGGGGCGCGAGGACGGCCGAGAGGAGCUUCGAUACGGCGCCAUCGACCAGGAGUAAGAGUAAAUGUCUUUCCCGGUUUUUUGGAGAUACCUGAAAAGAUGAACUCCCGUAAAUCAGGUUUCAAUCUAAAUGCUUGAGGUGCACGGAGCGUUAGGCUUUUGUUGGCAAGUGAUUGUAAGCGCUGCAGGGCCACACCCGAGAAGCCCGCGCUGGCACCGGGUGGCCCGUGGCUAAGGGGCGGCCCGGUGACGUCUCACUUGUCCCCCUGCCUCCUGCAUGUGGACCGGAUGGCCCGGGGUGUGUGAGGGUGGAGUAGGCUGCGUCCGUAGAGCAUGGAAACAGCACGGAGAAGCUGAUACGGAGCAUCCCCGAUGGGAUGACCGGGUGCUUCCCAGGGGAGCCGAGAGGCCCUGAGGGCCCGACAGGAAGUGAGUGGAGAAGCAUGUGCCAUGUGCCCGCGUGUGCCUGUGCACGCCUGUGUGUGGUUGUGUGUGCCCGUGUGUGCUUGCGUGUGCCCGUGUCUUCCUGCCGUGUGCCUGCGUGCACAAUUACCCAAACUCGAGACUUAACGUGAUUUUGACAGUGUGUCUGAGGUUCACCCUGCUCAUCACUUCUGACAUGUUACAGAGCCCACUUCCCAAAACAAGGUAACUCUCGAUUUCAUGAAGCAUUCAAGAUAACAUCUUUCCAGAAUGUAGCAAGUCCCUGCUUUUCUUUUGAUUGAUGCAAAGGCCAAAUAGUGACCCCUCGCGCUUGUAAAGCUGCCCGUGUUUGGACGGCGUGUGCGGGCAGACACGUUCCCGAGCUCACGCUCGCCGACGCGAACAUUCUCAGCCUCGACUUGGAAUACAACUUUGGCUUAAUGUAUUAACCGGUGCCAAAGAAAAAACCCACCAGCGUCUGUGUGAGAUAAAAUUGAACAUUCCUUUUUUUUUUUUUUUUGCCCGAGAAAUGCUUAAUAUUUAUGAUAUUAUUCACUGCGAAAGACCUGUUAGCUCACAGAAUUUCAAGAUAGCAAGAGGGACGUGGGAUAUACUCAUGUUUCUUUGUCCCCCCACCCUCCAGGAAAUGUUAACUUUGAAGAAGAGGAAAGUAAGCAGAGAGAGCAGCCCGCGUGAGGGGAAGCAGACGGGGAGAGUAGGUGAAUGCGUCACAAACGCGCUGUUACUUGCCCGCUGACGCGAGUCUAUCCACCUAUCUUACUAGUUGUUUAUAUGGUUCACUAUAGUGACAAUACGAAUAAAUUUCUUCCUCAUCCUUUGCUUGUG